AAAUAAUCACCUGUUUGGCAUGUAAAAUAGAGGAAAGAAAAAAAUUGAAAGCAUAGAGUUUGUAGACAAACAAUACGUCUUAGUGCAAUCAUCUCGCACAGCUAACAAACUGAAAAUUCAGUUCUUAGUCAAACGGUUAAAGCCUAAUUUUGAUAUUAAACACAAUAACACAUCGAAUUAUACCAUAGCGCAUAAAAAAGUCGGGUUCGAAGAGAAGCCAACCAGCUUGGAUACUGCCAGGAAGUGAUUUUUAACUGCUCUUCACAACAUUUGUGCAAGUUUUUUUGUACGGACAACCUGUUCUCUACCUACUGAUAUCACAUAAUAUGGAGCAUAUAUCUGCAGUUAACAGCGGAAACGUUGGGGGCAACAACAGCACAUCAGCAACAACGUCCGCAGGCAAUAAAACAAUAAACUCGAAAGAUUCUGAGAGCGGUGUUGGUGCUGUAACUCCACUUGCCGAGGUUGAGAAACUCACCUAUGAAAUCCACCGUUACUCCAGUUUUUCCACCAACUAUUUUCCUGAAAAUAUACUGGUAGAUUGCCCUAGUGACCAAUCCUCACGUUGGUCUGCACACACAAACAAUCCACCACAAUUCCUUACGUUGAAGCUAAAGCGUCCUGCCAUUGUUAAAAAGAUAAAAUUUGGCAAAUUUGAAAAGUCACAUGUGUGUAAUAUAAAAAAAUUUCGUAUAUUCGGUGGACUCGAUGAGGAGCGCAUGGUGCUGCUUUUAGAAGGGGGUCUUAGAAAUGAUAAUGUGCCCGAAGUGUUCAACUUACGUUGCAAAACGGAGGACGGUUCGGAGCAACUACCCAUUCUGUUUGUGAAAAUAGUGCCACUACUCUCAUGGGGUCCCACUUUCAAUUUCAGUAUUUGGUAUAUCGAAUUGCACGGACAGGAUGAUCCAAUGUACACCAGUGUCAGCUUGAGGAACUACAAUAUGCUACGCGAAGUUGAAAUCGUUAAAUUGUGCCUAAAACACUUUCGUCAGCAAGGUUACGAUGCUGCUUUCAAAGCUCUGCAGGAGCAAACUCAAGUGCAGCUGGAAAACCCGCUUAUAAGUGAACUACACAAAUGUUUGGUUGUGAAGGGUGACUUCGAAAAUGCGGAAAAAUUGAUUACUAAAUGUGUUGGUGAGGGUCUCAUGGACCUGUAUCUAAAUCGUCAAGAUUAUAAGCAUACUUGGCGCAUGCAACUAACACAAAGCCCUACGCAACCAGGCAAUCGUGGCGGCCAUCAAUUGGUAGUGGAUACUAAAAAACGCUUAGUCUAUUUAUAUGGUGGUUGGGAUGGCUAUCGCGAUCUCAGCGAUUUGUGGGUUUUUGAUAUAAAAACUAACAGUUGGACGCUGCUUUUCGAACAAACAGAGCUUUUUAAUGGACCAACACCGCGCUCAUGUCACAAAAUGGUCUACGAUUCGGUUAGCGAAAAUAUCUUUAUGUUAGGCCGUUAUUUGGACAACUCAAUACGCACCACAGACUAUAUUAAAAGCGACUUCUUCCUCUAUGAUACACGUGCACGCACAUGGCUGCAAAUCUGCGACGAUACAAGCCAAGUCGGUGGUCCACAACUGGUCUACGAUCAUCAAAUGUGUAUUGAUAGUGAGAAGCGUAAUAUUUAUGUGUUUGGUGGAAAAAUACUCACACCACGCAGUGUCUCGAACAGCACGUCAAAUGAACCAGAAUACUCGGGUCUAUUCUCAUAUCACAUUGCCACCAACACAUGGACACAGAUACUCGUCGAUUGCCAUCAUCCUAGCGCAGCACAAGCGGACGUACUCUCGAUAAAGUCACGCAUAACGCAUUGCAUGGUAUUCCACACGAAACAUCGUAAACUUUAUAUUUAUGGCGGUCAGCGGGGCAAAGAAGACAUCGAUGAUUUUAUCACCUAUGAUGUGGACACCCAAUCCAUUUCAGUACUGAAUAAAAACAAUAAUAACUGCGGUGGCGCCGGCGGCAGCAGCGUCUGCAGUCACAAUAACGCAAGCGACACUAAGAAUGAGCCGUCACCAGGUUAUACGCUGCGCGCCACAAUCGAUUGCGAUCGCGACGAAAUCUAUAUUUUCUCCAGUUUGAGCAAGCUAAAAGACCGUCGUGAUAUCCAACAUAUUGAUGCUUCCAACUCAUUUUGGGUAUAUUCCCUGGAACAUUAUAUGUGGUCGCGUAUUUACACUUGUCGCCAUAAUGCCGAAGCGUCGAAUGCCACGGCGAAAAAUGAUCUACUCGAGCCGUGUCCACGUUAUGCGCAUCAGUUGGUUUACGACGAUGUGGCAAAGUCGCACUAUCUCUUUGGUGGAAAUCCUGGCAAGUCGUCGCGCCCGCAAAUGCGUCUGGAUGACUUUUGGAUACUGGAGCUGGAAAAGCCUAAGCGCAGUGAGAUACUCAUGCAUUGCCGUUAUCUCGUGCGAAAAUUACACUACGAAGAAAUGGCACGCACCGAUCCGCUGAGUGCAAUGCAAUAUUUACGCCAUCACGUUGCGCAAGUUAUUGAUCACUCGAAUCCAGAGCAAUUACAUAAUUUCCACAAGUUGGCCUCCCUGCUAUUUCGCUCCGACGAUGUCAGCAGCACAACCGGUCGUUCACCAUUGGCCACACCGCCUUUGGGCAAGUCAUUGAAAAUGGAUAACAGUGUGCAGGUGGACAAUUUGGAAACGGACACCACAAAUACAACGGCAGAAAGCGACGAAAAACAACUAGAUGAAGACUCUUCGAAUAAAUCGGGUCUGCAGUCGGAGGGCUCCAAUCCCUCGGAGGAUCUCUCAAUGGAAUCUUGUGAUAGCAGCGCAACCGCAUCAUCUGUAUCUGGCGCUUCUGAUUCGGCUGUGUCUUCGGCUGGCUCCAUAACACACAGCCGACGGAAUAACAGUAAGAGAACACAUGACAGCCGUGAACAAGAACUGCGCCGGCGUCGUGCCUUUCUUUUCAAUAAACUGGUGAAAUUGAUGCCGGCCAAUAUGGUGCAGCCAGAACGGAAUCUAAGCGAUUUUGUUGUUAUGUAAUAGCGCGGAUGUUGAAUAACAUAUUUUUUAUAAUAACCUACGGAUUAAGUUAAGUUUUUCAAAGCAAAUGCGUUUUUAACUGCGAGGAAUGACAUGUGAAAACUGUGCUCUGCGUUAAGAUUAUAACCAAAAUGUUGAAUAAGUACCAAAUCAAGUUGAAUGUUGAAUGCUUUCGAAAAGUCAAUAAUAUGUCUUUAUAAUACAAGCACAUAUAUGCAUAUAACUAAAGUCUGUAAUGUUAAUUUUAGUGUCGAGGAAAUAACAAAUAUGCCUUAAGUAUCGAUUAAACGCAAAAAAAGUGAAAAAAUUAUAGAAGAAAUAUUUAUUUAAAGCAGGCUUCCAUAUGUCGCUGUUGUCUUGGUUAUGUAAAAUCUCUGCUAUUUUGUUUGUUUGUUUAGAGCAUAAUGACUUUGUGAUACGAAUAUAUGUAUAUUAUACCUACGCUGGCUUUAGGAAAUGUAAAAUGUUUGUGCGCUGUUCACAUUUUCAAAAUAGUACUGAUUUAUGAUUAUUUACUUUAUACAAACUAAAAAUAUAUGUAAUUGUUAAGCGAACAUAAUGCAAUAUAUACUAUAAUUAACAUAAUAUUUCUUACAAUAAAUAAUGGAAAAUUUAAAAUUAUAAA